AUGCAUCCACUUCUGAAGAAAUCAUUGCUGCGCUUUGGAUUCCUCCACACCUACGCAAUUUUAGUAGCUUGGAUUUUCACCGUGAUUGAAAGGAGAGAUGAACCUGCUUUCGAAAGAAUGGAGAAGUCGUUGAGAAAACUCAGGUUCGAUAUGAAUCUGAACUAUAACUUAACCGAUGACGACUUUGAUAAUUUUGUAAAUCGUGCAGCGGCGGCUGUGAUAGAGGGGGAUGAGCUGGACUGGACUUUGCUUAACAGCUUCACAUUCGCCCUGGUCGCUUUUACCACCAUAGGAUAUGGGAAUAUAACACCUAAAACAGAGCUUGGCAAAGGUAUCACAAUUCCCGUCUGCCUUCUUGGUAUUCUCAUCACCAUGUUGGCCUUCAAAACUUCAGGAGAACUCUUUGCUUCUUGUAUUCGCUAUCUCGUCAUAAAAAUAGAAACCAAUUUAUUUAAAAGAGAAGAGCCGAAGAAUGUAAAAACAAAAAAAUUUUUUACAUCGUGCGCCCUUAUGUUUGUGUUAUAUAUCUCUACAAGUGUCACAGGCGUGUUCAUGGAGAAGUGGGAUUAUGUGGAAAGCCUCUAUGCGUCGUUUGCUACUUUCACAACAAUUGGAUUCGGCGACUAUGUCCCUUGUGAGGCGCUUCUAAGGGACAAAGAGGGAGGGCUGGAGAGUAAGUUUCAUCUUGUGAUACACAUCUGCGUUCUGUACCUCCCCACCAUGAUUGGCCUCAGUCUCAUGUCAUGUAUCCUGGGCUGCAUUGUGGAUUCCGUGGAUCAGAUUCGGCAGUUUCGUCGUGGCUGUAUAGACAGCUGCGUAGAAUUGUACUCAAGCAAGCGACACAAGCUAUGCUGCAAGAAGCAAAACCACGUUGAGUGCCAAAAUCAAGUAGUUUCUGCGUGGCAUUAG